CUAUGUUUUGCAAAAUUUUGCAGAUAGUUUUCAGAAAAGACUGGCAGGAUACCAGCUUUAUGUAUCCAAUACCACCGACUCGCCCACAGACGGCGUCCUCUGUUAUCAGGACACUAGUAGUAAUAGAAGUGCCGUACAGUUAGACCAGACACAACUGUGCCCGUAUGUAGGCCAGUAUGUGACUGUGUACAACUAUAGAAACAACCCAAAACGAUACAGCUGGUAUGAUGAUUAUGCAAUAUUGGAGCUCUGUGAGGUUGAAGUGUAUGGGUGUCCAUUAGGGAUGUAUGGUGACGGUGACUGUAGCCAAGUAUGUCCGGCCAGCUGUUACGGAGGCAACUGUAACUCUAAAACGGGUUCUUGCAUGUACUGUUCUCCAGGAAAAUACGGCACUGCGUGUGCAAAUGAUUGCUCUGUGAAUUGUAAAGACAGUUUGUGUAAUAUAGACUCUGGAUUUUGUUUAGAAUGCAUUUCGGGAAAGUUUGGAGAUACCUGCAAUCAGGACUGUUCUGUCAACUGUAAGGAUAGCAUAUGUGCAAAGAACACCGGAUACUGUACUGAGUGUGUCGUUGGGAAGUUCGGCAAUACCUGCGAUCAAGACUGUUCUGUCAACUGUAAUAACAGAUUAUGUGCCCAGGCCAACGGGUUUUGUAACGAAUGUGUCGUUGGAAAGUUCGGCAAUACCUGUGAUCAAGACUGUUCUGUAAACUGUAAUAACAGAUUAUGUGCCCAGAACAACGGAUAUUGUAACGAUUGUGUUCCUGGCAAGUUUGGUAACACAUGUGAACAAAACUGCUCCGUAAACUGCUUAAAUAGACUUUGUGCCAAGGACUCCGGGGAAUGUGAUGAAUGCAUUGUGGGAAAGCAUGGACAAUUUUGUGGCGAUGACUGCCCACUUAACUGUAAAGACAUUGUGUGUGACCGGGAUUCUGGUUUCUGUACUGAAUGUGUCGUUGCGAAGUUCGGCAAUACCUGUGAUCAAGACUGUUCUGUAAACUGUAAUAACAGAUUAUGUGCCCAGGCCAACGGGUUUUGUAACGAAUGCAUUGUGGGAAAGCAUGGACAACUUUGUGGCGAUGACUGCCCAGUUAACUGUAAAGACAUUGUGUGUGACCGGGAUUCUGGUUUCUGUACUGAAUGUGUGUCCGGAAAAUAUGGGAACACGUGUGUUCAGGACUGCUCUAUGAAUUGUAAGGACGGGUCGUGUGACGGACACAGUGGACGCUGUACAGAAUGCAUCCUUAGAAAACAAGGAGAAAAGUGUGAUCAAGACUGUUCUGUAAACUGUUUGGACGGAUGUACAAGAGACAAUGCCACAUGUAUAAAAUGUAUUACCGGAAACCACGGAGAGGCGUGUGAUAAAGACUGUCCGAUGAACUGCGAAGACAAGGAGUGUGUCCGGACCACAGGUCUUUGUAGCGGUUGUAUUACUGGGAGUUAUGGUGUAACAUGUUCCCUGACUUGUCCUGUGACGUGUAAAGACUUCGUGUGUCAUCAACAAACCGGCCAGUGCUUAGAUUGUUAUCCUGGAAAGUACGGAGUGGUGUGUGGGGCUGAUUGUCCGGACACAUGUACGGACAACAUCUGUAGUAAGGACGAUGGACAAUGCCUAACUACUACCGAUUCUAAAUUGAUCAUAAUAGCUGUUUUGGCUACUGUUUGUGGGCUGCUGUUAGCUGCGUUGAUCCCUUUAGUAUUACACCAGCAUCGAAGCAGACAAAAGAGAAAGAACUCGUCAAAUACGGGUACAGAUACUAAAGAAGAACAAUCCGUUCCGGACACGGGGUAUACGUCUCUUUCUCAUGAUCAAGAGGAACCUUCCCACGUCUACGAAAUGGUGGUCACCUAGUCUGCUAGACAAGUUCAUCAAAUUCACCAAGUCAGGUCAAUGACAAAAACCGUAAAAGACCACUGACACUCUGCUGUGAUGUAUUAAUCUCUUAAGGAAAUGGUUGUACGGUUUCAUUUGAAACCGGUAACGACAAGAGA